UUCACUAUGUCACUGGCUGAUCCCACAGAAAGGACUCUAGAUGGACACCUCCCCAGCGUGGCCCUAGAGAGCAGCAGGAGGUCUUCGAAAUAUGAGGGCCACAGCCCAGGUUUCCCCGGGACCGGGAACGCCUCGGAUAGGAGCGUUGAUUACAGCAGAUCCCAGUGCUCCUGCAGAAGCUCGAGUUCUCACUACGAUUACUCAGAAGACUUUCUGUCUGAAUGUUCAGAAACUGCAGUUAACAAAAAUGAUUUAGAGAAGGCUGUCGUAAAAGGAAAAAAGGAAAAGAAAAAGUAUCCUGUUUCUAAAGUUGACAGGUGGCCUUAUUACAGAGCACCACAGUACUGGGAUUUCCCGGGCUUCUUGCCUUUCAUCUCAGCUGACGAAUCAAGGUUUGAGGCGCCCAUGAAGCCUAACUCUCUGUCUCGGCACCCCAAGAAGAUGGCCUUCGAGUCCGGCCAGAAGGAAAUCUCAGCUGAAAAAAAGCACCACUGGAAUGGACCCUUUUCAAAUUCUCAACUCAGUGUGGCUGCCCUCAGAAGAGGCACCAUGGCUCAGCGCCUGCUCUCAGCGAGGCUGCAUAAAAUUAAGGAGCUGAAAAAUGAAUUAGCUGAUAUACAUCGCAAGCUGGAAGCCACUGUCCUAGAAAACCAAUUUCUGAAACAACUUCAGCUUAAGCACUUGAAAGCUAUAGGAAAAUAUGAGCAUUCACAAAAUAACCUACCUCAAAUUAUGAUUAAACAUCAGAACGAAGUAAAAAAUUUAAAGCAGCUCCUUAGAAGAUCCCAGGGAAAGGAAAGAACCGUGUCUAGGAAACUUCGAGAAACAGACAUCGAGCUGCUGAAGACUAAAGAUGCCUUGCAGUUCCUGCAGAAGCUUUCUGAAGACAAAAAUCUUGCAGAGAGGGGAGAACUUACUCAAAGAUUGUCUGUUGUCACAGCAAAAAUGGAGGCAAAUGACAAAAAAAUACAGAGCUUGGAGAAACAACUGAAACUGAAAAAUAAAGCCUUUACUCGGCAGUUGGCCUCUGAGAAUCAGAAGACUUUAGAAGCUCAAGCAGCUACAAAGACUCUGCAAACAGAAGUAAAGCACCUUCUACAAAAACUUAAGGAGAAGGAUCGAGAGCUUGACAUUAAAAACAUCUAUACUAACCGGAUAUUUAAAAACUUACAUGACAAAGACGACUAUCCAAAAGUUUCUUCAACAAAGUCGGUCCAAGCAGACAGGAAGAGUUUUUCAUUCCCAAGUGUGAGACACCAGGAAAGCCAAAAAUCGGAAGAUGUCCCGUCUUGGACGACUAAGGGUAAAAAGACGGCAGGCAGCGUUGGUCAUCAAGAAAGGUCAGUGGAAAUGAUCCAGGCAAUUCCUCAAGGUAUCAGUAAACUCCCAAACCAAGAGGAUUCCAAGCGAAAAUAUGCAGAUUUAUCCAAGGAAGAGGGACAUGUGGAAGCACAGCCACCUCUGGAGAAUACUGGACGACAGAGAGAGAGAACAGAAGACCAAGAGAAGAUCAUUGUAAUGAAAGAAGAACAGGAACUACCACCAAAAAGAAUUCAAGUAGUCCAUCCCGAAGGGGAAGGUGGUCAGGAAGAUGAUACAGUAAAAGAAAAGUUUAAAAGUCCAGAAAUAAGUGACAUGGACGAAACGCCAGAUAAAAAUGCUCCUCCAAGUAUCAAAAUACCUUUCAGACAAAGAAAGCAUUAUUCAUUCACAAAAGCAAUUGAAAACUUGCAUCACGGGCUUCCUGCCUCUGGUGGGCCAGCCAAUGCAGGCGCCACGAGGUACACUCACAGCACAAGCAAGCACUGUACUCACACAGAAGAGCUGAGGCUGGAGCAUCCUGCUACAGCCUAUGAACCCUCUUUUGGUAAAUCUUCCAGAAAAGCAACAGACACAACUUUCACAGAGAAGAAAAGCAAUCUAAUGGAAGAACUCUUUGGAUCAGGCUAUGUCUUUAAAAAUAGCCAAACAAGUACUGCUGCUAUGAAAGGGUCUGAGGAGACUUUGCAGAGUAAGAAGAUUCACCAUCUAGCCCCUAGUCAGGUCUCCGCCAGCAAUGCUUUUGGAGAUUCUAAAGUUACUGUGGUAAAUUCUAUUAAGUCAUCUUCACCUACAGAAGGAAAGAGGAAAAUAAUUAUUUAA